UGCGCGUGGACCUCUUAACCUCGCUCCAUUUCUUCAUCCUCCCCAGCGAGCUAGCUUAUUACAAACCCCAAACUUUUGGCCUCUCAGGCUCUCAGCUCAGCUCUCAAUCUCUCUCUAAUGGAGUUUCCGCAUGGAAAGUUUGUUUUCUUUCUCCUCCUACUCUCUCUCGGUACCCUCUCAGCUCUCUCUUACACCUUAUUCUCCCCCAUAGAUAACUACCUCGUCGACUGCGGAUCCAUCGUGGACUCUGUCGUGGACAAUCGCCGAUUUGUUUCUGACGCAUCUUGUCGCAACUCGUACUCACUCCACUCGAGCCGGUCCGCUUCGCUCAGAAACGAGAACCCUCAUGAUGUUUCUCCCCGAAUCUAUCAAUCGGCCAGGGUCUUCACCAGGCCUUCCAGGUACGAGUUUGAGAUCAAAGAAAAAGGGACCCACAUGGUACGCUUCCAUUUCCAGAAGCUCAAUUCUUCGAAAUUUGAUUUUGGGGAUGCGCAAUUUCACGUUUUGGUCAAUGGGUUUGUGGUUCUGAGCGAUUUUAUCGGUGGGGAGGUAGUAAGCCCUAGGGUGAAGGAGUACCUGAUCUGGGUUGAUACUGAAAAGCUUGUAAUCACGUUUAUUCCCGCUAAAAAGUCUAAAUUUGCUUUUGUGAACGCACUUGAAGUGCUCUCUGCGCCUAAAGAUUUAAUCCUAGAUACGGCCGAGUAUGUUAAUUCUGAGAAAACUGACGAAUUUGAUGGGUUGGCUAUGCAAGCGCUUGAAGUUGUGCAUAGGGUCAGUGUGGGAGGGCCUAAAGUGACCCCUUUUAACGAUACUUUGUGGAGGACUUGGAUUCCCGAUGGUGAAUUCUUGGUUUCGAGCUUUGGGUCAAAAAGGGUGUAUUUUAGUGGUCGAAUUUGGUAUCAGAUGGGAGGUGCAAGCCGUGAGGUUGCUCCUGAUAACGUCUAUAACACUGCUCGAGUGAUUCGUAGUACGAAUGCUUCAGUUCCUGAUGUCAAUAUUACAUGGGUGUUUCCCGUGGCUGGAGGGUUUAAGUAUCUUGUUCGGUUGCAUUUUUGUGAUAUUGCUAGCAUUUCACUCGGUUUGCUGUAUUUCAACGUGUAUGUUAAUGGGAAUUUGGCGUAUAAAGAUUUGGAUUUGUCGAGAGCUACCAAUUAUGUAUUGGCUUCUCCCUUCUAUGCUGACUUCGUUGUCGAUGCAGAUGCCUCUGGGGUUUUGAGUGUCAGUGUUGGGCCUUCGAAUAUCAGCAUGCCAUAUACAAUUGUUGGUAUGCUGAAUGCAGUUGAGGUUAUGAAGUUGAAUAAUUCGAUGGGCAGUCUUGCUGGCAAGUUGCCUGCAGAGUUGGUUUUGAAGAGUUGGCCCAAAAGAAAUAUUGGUGUUUUGAUUCCUUUGGUAGCUGCUGCUUGUCUGCUGGUAAGCCUAUCUAUGCUCUUGCGUAGGAGGAUGACUGGGUUAAAGAACUCUCUGACAUGGUCAAAAUUGCCAACAGAUGCAUCUGGUGCUGAUGUCAAGUAGGGCUAGCCACAGCCUUUUUUUUUUUUUUUUAUAAGUAAUAAGAGGUAUUUGGGCUUGCCUCUAAAGAGUCCCAAGGGUUUAUGUAACAUAAAACUUUCGCAUGCCAUAGAAAAUUAGUAUAGUGCUUAUCACUUUUUUUUCGGUUUUUGGGAAGGGGAGGGGGGUCUGUAGGAGGGAUAGUAGAAUUCCCUGUUGUUUUUCUGUGCUAGAAGAAGGCAAGUAUAAGUUUGAAUUUGAAGUCCUUAAAGAGCUUCAUGUAAUUGGUAUGUAUCAUAUUGUUAUUUUGUAACGUUGUAUUGAACUUUCAGAGUCAAAGGUCUUAAAUAUCUAACGCUUCCCCAGAUUUUGCCUAAGA